AUGGGCCGAGAGAGGCAUGCGCCGCCUCCGACAACUACAGCGAACGAGAGUGGCCGGCGCAAAAUUAGGCCAAAUCACUUUCAUGACUUGGGCGACUUCAUCGAAGGCACUGAUGCAAGCAAUCCCAGCAGGGAUUUGACACUCGGUUGGGCCAGCGGCCACGAAGAGAGACUCACCCCCGGAACGAUUAUCUACAUCAGGGACAACCUAGCAAACAGUCGAAUAAAUGACACGGUGAUGCUUGUACUGCGUAGGAGCACCGACACGCAAUCUUCCUUGACAUGUCUGUCCUUCUGCGCGCACCACGGCCGCAAAUUGUCCUCGCUCUACAAGACGCAUCGGCUUGUUGUGCCCCCAGCGCAGCCGGCUCGCACAGUCACCCCGUCGCCAAGACAACAGGGUCCUGUCAUCGCAAAUACCAGAGAUGGAGGACUGAAUUUAAGGGGCGUUGAGGUCGAGUUGUAUACCAACGGCUUCCGACCCAAACCUGAACUGACAUUGAACUGCGAGGAGUUAUGGAAUGUGGAACGCGAAGUCGACGUUGCUGUCAUCGGCGAAGUGACUGCACCAUCGUUUAGAGAAGUGGUCGCUCAUGUCAAGAAGCUGUUCUGUGACUCAUUAGACCAGGCUGUGGAUAAUGAGGACGACCCGCCAGCCGUCCAGGUGACACCGGCCUCGUCAGCCCCAGCGAGGAGCAGGACCAACGAUACCGCCAGAGCAGUCAGGUACCGGGACGAAGACCGGCGAAGGGAGCGACGCGAUGAGGGGAGAAGUGACCGGCAUAAUGACAGGGAGGCCGUCGGAAGAGGUGAACCUAGUGACAAAACUAGGAGGCCGGAUUCACGAGAGAAGGUCAAGAGAUACCGACUCGAAAAACGAGCGUUUGGACCGUCCAUACUGGUGCCAAUCGACUGA